GGCGCAUGUCAUUGUCCCGCAGCCCGGAGAGCCGGGCGGUGCUCCUGUUGUCUGAAACCUCUUUUAAAAAUACCGGAUUUUACUCUUUUGUUGCCUUUAAACCGGCCGAUCUCCAUAAUCAUGAACCGAUAGUGCGCGACACCUGCCCUCUCUCUCUCUCUCUCUCUCUCUCUCUCUCUCUCUCUCUCUGUGUCUCUGGGUCUCUCUCCCUUUUGUCUCUGACAUCUCUGCGGCUCGCACCCAGCAGCGCUGACGAGGAGGAGGAGGAGGAGGAGGAGGAGCGGCGUGUACCUGACACCUACAGCCGCGCGUCGCAGCUCUCUUCUCCCGCAGAACCAGCCAGGACUGCCCCCCCCCCACCCCACUCCCACCCCCCCUCCUCUGUCCGUCCGCGCGUCAGUUGACCCGGCUCUCCGUGCGGUUUGAACGGGCGCCACUUCUGCUCCCGCUGACAGACUGAAAACUCCUCAAAAAUCAAAUAAGACAAGGCAGAAGGAAGGGGGAUCCGCUGAGAGCUGCACUUUGAUUCACUCGGACCAGAGAUCUUCAGGGGCUUUCUGAGUGACUGAGGAGGGGGAAAAAAAAGGACUAGACUUGAGAAGAUGCGUCUCCCGGAGCUCCUGUGUGUGUUGGUGUGUGUGUGCGCCGCACCGGGCCCGGUGGCGGGGUCGGACAGGAGCUGCUCCGACCUGCCGCAGUUCUACACCGGGAAAGGGUUCACGCUGGCAGACGUGCCCCAGACAGAGAUGUCCGGUGAACAUCUGAGGACGUGUCCUCAGGGUCCGACCUGUUGUACGAGCACCAUGGAGGAGAACCUGGCCGGGCUGAGCACCCGAGAGACAGAGGGACUGAUCAGAGAAGCCGGCAGGUCGCUGCAGGCAGUCUUCAACGGUCUCUACAGGAGCUUUGACACUUAUUUCACUGAGCUGCACGGUCGCUCUGAGCGCUCCCUCCAGGAGGCGCUGUCUCCUCUCGGCCCUCUGUACUCCCAGAACACUCGUCUCUACGGGGAUCUCUACAACGACCUGCGACAGUACUACCGGGGCUCUGCUGUCAACCUGGACGAGACCCUGUCUGAGUUCUGGUCCCGCCUCCUGGAGCGCACCUUCAAAACCUCCGUCCCCACAGACGUCACCCUGUCAGAGGAUUACCUCGAAUGUGUUGCUAAGCAACAGGAGACGCUGCGGCCAUUUGGAGACGUCCCUCGGGACAUGAAGGCCAAGGUGAUCCGGUCUUUUGUCACGGCCAGGUCAUUUGUCCAGGGCCUGAUAAUGAGCGGAGAGGUGGUCAGGAAGGUCUCCCAGGUGUCUCUGAGUCCAGAGUGCAGGAAGGCCCUAAUGAAGCUGGUGUACUGCCCCCACUGUCGCGGCCUGGCCUCCGUCAAGCCCUGCUCCAACUACUGCUCCAACGUCAUGAAGGGCUGCCUGGCCAACCAAGCUGACCUGGACCCCGAGUGGAAGAACCUCAUAGACACGAUGAUCCAGGUGGCCUCUAGUUUCAGCACGGAGCCCAGCCUGGACGUGGUCCUCUCCUCCAUCCCAGCUCGAAUCUACGAGGCCGUUCAGUUCCUGCAGGAGAACAUGGACACGUUCACAGCAAGAGUGUACCAGACGUGUGGAACUCCAGGUGAACCAGGAACAGGAAGUCCCACCGUUCACGAGCAGAGGAAGAAGAGCGGCUCCCUGACGGCAUCGGAGUACAAGCCUUCUCCUACCGCUGGAUUCAGACUGGAGAUGCAGGUGUCAGAUCUGUCCAGCAAGCUGAAGGAGAUGCGGCAGUACUGGAUCCAGCUCCCUGUGGCGCUUUGCGGCAAAGUGGCUCCGGUAGGCACCGGUCAGGAUAAAUGCUGGAACGGCAUCACCAAAGCCAGAUAUCUUCCGGAGGUGAUGGGUGACGGCUUGGCCAAUCAGAUCAACAACCCAGAAGUGGAGCUUGACAUCACGAAGCCGGACAUGAUCAUCCGGCAGCAGAUAAUGCAACUCAAAAUCAUGAGCAACAGGCUGAAAAAUGCACUGGAGGGCAACGACGUGGACUUUCAGGACGCAAGUGAUGACAUCAGCGGCUCAGGAAGCGGCAUGUGUCUGGGCGGUCAGUGUUCUCGGAGCAGACCGGGACUGUACGCCUACUCGCCGGACAACAACCGAGUCAGAGGCGCGGCCCCGUCUCAGACCCGCCUCUGUAGCCUCCUACUCCUGCUCCCACUGGCCAUCCUGCUGCUUCAGCGAUGAUGGACCGCUGCGGCCUCUAAUCGGACUCAGAAGCCUAGAGCAGGAUGGAACCAGGGGGGUUGUUUGGAGGUGGGGGGGAGGGGUAGGAGAUCGGAAGUUAACUUUGCCAAAAAAAAAAAAUGAAAAAGACAUCUGGAGGGAAUGAAUUGACAUUAUUUUUCUUUGACCAAGAGGAGCAAAGGUUGACAGUGACAAUGCUCUCUAUUUUGUUUUGCUCGGUUUUAUUCUGUCGUAGUUUGGGUGGGAUUCGUUUGACGUGGUGAUUUGUUGAGCUGGUUUCAAUGGAUUCUUCUGAAGAGGAUGUUUGGGCGAACACAGACGAGGAGGACGAAAAAAAACCAACGGAGAAAGUAAUGACCGAUGAUGAUGAUGAUGAUGAUGAUGAUGAAGAUAAUGUUGGGGUUAUUGAUGAUGAUGUAUUGACACCCUAUCAAGUCCAUUCAGCUCCAGUUUCUAGUCAGCAGGCGGCAGAACUCACUUAUAAAAUGUUUAGUGCCCCCGAUAUGUGGUGCGUUCAACAAGGCUUUUUUUUAAAAUUUCAUUUCAUUUUCUAACUUGAGUGGAGGUUGUCUACCUUAACAAACAUUGUGUACGUUGUAAAUGUGUGUGUACAUUAGCUAAAAGACUGGCGCCAUACUGAGCCAUGAAUGUACAGUAUAAUACUGGUCCUGAGUGGGG